AUAUAUGCACUCUCUCUCUCUCUCUCUCUCUCUCUCUCUCUCUCUCUCGAUGGCUUCAGCUAAUUUGAUCAUGACUUUUCUAGCUAUCGUUCUGGUAGCACUGGUUCCUGGGAGUGUUGUUAAAGGAGACAGUGGUAUCCCACCUAUUCUAUCUCCUUACUUUGAUAACAUAUGCAAUGAAGUGGAAUGUGGAAAAGGAACGUGCCAAACAGCUAUUGGGUCCCCAUUCAACUUCAAAUGUGAAUGCGAAUCCAACUGGAAACGCACCCUCCUUGACGACGAAUCUGAUUUACAGUUUCUUCCUUGCGUCGUCCCAAAUUGUUCCGUUGACUAUUCGUGCAUGCCCGCCGCUCCUCCAGCUCCGGCCGUCCCAUAUAAUCUGUCUAUCUUUGAUCCUUGUUAUUGGAUCUACUGUGGAGAAGGCACAUGCACAAAGAAUUUGACAUAUACUCAUACCUGCCAAUGCAAAACCGGUUAUUAUAAUCUUCUCAACGUCUCCGCAUUCCCAUGCUACAGCGACUGCGCCAUUGGAUCCGACUGUGGAAAGCUUGGAAUCAAGGUUUCAAAUUCAACGUCUUCAGACAAUAAUAACCGAGCUACCUCAUUUCUGCCGGGAAAGUUCAAUUGGAUGCUUAUAAUAUCCCUCAUGUCCAUUGCCAUGGCUCUUUGGAAGUAGAAGUUUCAAGAAGUAUACCCAUGAAUUUUAUUCCACCCCGCCGGAUCGAUUUACACUUAAUUUAUUCCUUGUAGGUCAUUGUUACUGUCAAUAAAUUUUUAGAUUUGUCCCUAAAAAGUAAAGAAAAAAGGUGUAUGGCUGUAUGAAUCAAUAAGGCGGCUAGACAGGAGUCGUGUGCUGUAUCUAAUACUAAAACAAUAAAUAAGGCAGGUAUAUAUAUCAUCUGUUUCUUGGUUGUA